AUGGCAGACUCGAAAUCAAAAUCAAAUUCAAAUUCAGAUACCAAUCUACCAGGUGCACCCCUAUUCUCACCAGACGGGAAGACCCAUAAAUGCAUUCCGUGCGAACAAGUUUUAGAAAUCUUGUCAUCUACUGCACCGGUACGAACACCAAAAGGACAAGAUGCAUUUUAUGAUUCAGAAGGCUGGUAUUCAAUACUGGAAACUCCCGAGAAUACUGAAAAGAUCCUUGAUAGUGGAGAAGAUCACUCCAUCAUUUUGAAACCUGGUCAAGGACAUAAAUAA